UUAGGGCCACCGAGCCGCGCCACAGGACCCGGCCUUGGCGGCCUGCACCUCUCAAGGCACCACCGCGGCGCAGGCAGCUGGCAUUGACGGGGCAGGAAGCCGCUCCGCGGGCUCCCCGGCCUCCGCAGCAGCCCACCCGCCAUGGAAGCCCCCGAGGUCCCUGUGGGCUCACUGAUUGACUUUGGGCCAGAGCUGCCCACCUCCCCUUCUCUGCAGGCAGCCCCCCCUGCCGCGCAGGACAGGGACAGCUCCCUGGGAGAUGAUGCGUCGGAGAGCGAGGCCACGGAGUCCGCAGACAGUGAGAACGACAUGGGCGAGUCACCCUCGCACCCAUCCUGGGGCCAGGACCGCCGCUCCUCCUCCAACGAGUCCUUCUCCUCCACCCAGAGCGCCGAGUCCGCCCCCGACGCAGAGAGCCUGGCCCUCCGGGAGUUCAUGCGCGGCUACGUGGAGAAGGUCUUCUCGGGAGGGGAGGAUUUGGACCAGGAAGAGAAGGCCAGGUUUGGGGAGUACUGCAGCAGUGAGGACGGGAAAGGCCGCGAGUGGUUUGCACGCUAUGUCAGCGCCCAGCGCUGCAAGUCCAAGUGCGUGUCCGAGCCCACCUUCUACCGCCUGGUGCAGUCCUUCGCGGUGGUGCUGUUCGAGUGCCAUCAGAUGGAUGACUUCGGCCCCGCCAAGAAUCUCAUGACCAUGUGCUUCACCUACUACCACAUCGGCAAGCCGCACCUGCUCCCCUCCGAGCCCAGGGAGAGAGCUGCUGGCAGCAUCGACUCCUACCUGAAGUCGGCCAACAGCUGGCUGGCGGAGAAGAAGGACAUUGCCGAGAGGCUGCUGAAGAACACAGAGAACAUGAAGGGCUUCUUCGGGGGGCUGGAGACCAAGCUCAAGGGACCUUUGGCCAAGAAGAAUGAAGAAGAUGAGAACAAACCCAAGGACAGGCAGCCCAAGGCGGAGACCGUGUCCAGCCCCGAGGCUGAGCAGAAGGGGGAGAAGAUCUACCUGUACACACACCUGAAGCAGCAGCCCAUCUGGCACACGCUGAGGUUCUGGAACGCGGCCUUCUUUGACGCUGUCCAUUGUGAGAGGAGGAAGCGAUCUCCCACUACCAGGGAAAAGUGGUGCCACAUGACCCCGGAGGAGCGGGACGACAGCCUGCGGUUCAACGAGAAUAUCGCCUUCGGGCAGCUGGGCACCUUCACCCACAACAUGCUGGCCUUCGGGCUGAACAAGAAGCUGUGCAGCGACUUCCUGAAGAAGCAGGCGGUGAUCGGCAACCUGGACGAGGAACAAUACAAGCUGCUUAGCGACCACAUCGAGCAGAUGGCCGCUGAGUAGGAGGCUGCGGGCCUCCACCAUAACCCGCAUGACAGCAGCGGCACCCGGCACCCGGAGCCGCCUCCACGUAGCGGUUAGAAGACCCCCGCUGCCCACCCCAUCUGCCCCCGCCCCUGUACAUGGCAUCCUCGGGACCUUCUGCCCCCAGCGAGCCAGGCUUGCGAGACGAGACUGAGGGAGGAAGAGGAGGAGGUGGAGGAGGAGGAGGAGGAGGCGGCGGCGGCCCUGCAGGCUGUGGGCCAGGGCCUGGCGGGCACAGGGUUGCGGUGUAGCUGUGUCUAAGGAGGCGGUUCGUGGCUGCUUGUGGCCGUUUGUGGCUCCCGCUUGGCCCCACCUCCCACCGUGAUGGGACCCUGGAGCGCAAGGAGCUCAGGGAGGGGACAUGCACUCCUCGAGAGAGACAGGGCCGCGGACGGGCCUCCCUGCCCCGGACGGGCCUCCAGGCCCCAGAGGCCGCCGUGGCGGUGUGUGACACCUGCCAGACACUCCGGGCUCGCCUGGCGUCUCCGUCCACCCUCAGACUGUCUGCCCAGCCCAGCCUCCUUCAGAAGUGGAGGAAGUUCCACGCAUCACAGGCCGAGGGCUAGGCAUCCGUCCGCACAGCUGGGACGGGAAGGCCCCAGCAGCGGCCCACGGCGGCCCUUCCUGCAGCCUCGCGGGCUCUGGCUGCCCCGGGGGCUGAGCCAGGGGCUUGGCUGACCUCUGAGCAGACUGGAUCUUGAUUGACUGAGCUCUGAGCGCGGUGACCUCCACGGGAGGCACAUCCACCCUCCACAGCCCCGGGCUCUGUGGUCUCCCCCCCACCCCCCCUCAGAAGUGGCCUCAUCUAGCCUUCGGGACAAAGGCGUGGCCCGCCCUGCUACCUCUUUUCUGCUCCUUCUCUCCGCUGACCUUGAAUGCCUCCUUUUGCCCUUCAUGGCCCCUCCUCCCUCCCUCCAUUCAGUCAUGAACUGUCUGUGAGAACCACAAACCCACGUCUGUGCCCGAGGCUUCCCCGAGAGCCUCCCAGAACGUUCUAGAGUGGAGCAAGGCUGGGCCGUGGAAUGUGUGUCCUCCAGGAGGCUGGGCUUUGGGCAGUGUCGGGUUGGGGCGCCAGAGCCAGUGGCGCCCAGGCCGGAGGCCGUGGCUCAUGGGCAGGACCGGAGUGUGCUGGGCUGCGGCAGCCUGCUUGCUGGUGUGCCGCCUCGGACACUGCGCUCCGGCCCUCCCCUCCCCUCCCCUCCCCUCCCCUCCCCUCCUCUGCAGUCCCCUGCUGUGCUCCAGGCGCCCUGAGUAGGAGAAGGUCCCUGGGCAGCAGCUGCAGGGUCCAUGCCGGUGCCCUGACUGAGCUUUGGGGGAGAGGAGCAGCCUGACCUCCCCUGGCUGUGCCCCACACAGACCCUCCAAACCCCAGUGGCUUUCUGUUGUCCCCCCCAUCCGCACAUGCUCCAGGGAGGGAAGCCGCCCUCCGCGGGUGUGGCCUGCUGCGCUCAGCCCCGGUGCUGCUCCCCAGAACGCGCUCCCAACUCCUCAGCAUGCCAGCGAAGCUGCUGGAGCUCCGGAGCUUGCCCCCCAGCUUGGGUGAUCAUUUUGCUUUGUGUGUCUCCCCCCUCCUCCCCCCCCCCGUGCGUGGAGGAAGGGUGACAGCCUGCCCCCCAGCGGCUCUCCUCCCCACCGCACAUCUCCUUCAGGCCCAGCAGGUUGGCUGGGCCCUGGUGGGUGCACACCGGCUGCUGUGGCCACUGGCUGAGCUCAGGAGCAGGGAGCUCCAAAGUGAAGUGCGUUCCCGGCAGACACACUGGAGCCCGGAGCAGCGCGGCCCUGCCCCUACCCCGGAUUCACAUGUCCCUGUCUGACCUGCAGGGACGUGUGAAUCGCAGGGACCAGUACAGUGCCCUCCUCUCGCUCUUCCUGUCCCUCCCCACAAUGUCAGAAAGGUGGCCAAGAACAGCGGAACCUGUCCACCCCCCCCCUCAGGUGUAUUGCACUUUAUCUAGAAAGAUCCACCCAGCCAGGCCCCUCCCCGCCUUGCUCUGGAAGCACAGCACUCAUGGAAAGAAGGGCGCCAGGCUCUGGCAGUGGGCCGGCCCUGGGAGCUGAGGCCCGAGGGUGGGCACCCAUCCCCUCUUGUGUGAGAGAGAGAAGGCGCCCUCCCUUAGGUCCUGCUGUGGGAGGGGCCGGAGCGGGGCUGCAUGGUCUUGAAGUGGACGAGCCCAACAUUUGGCCCCCAGGGAAUUGAGGGGGGACCCGGUGGUCUGAGCCCCCGGCCACGCCCGGAGCCCCCGUGCCGGGGGCCGCACCCCGCCCUGUGCCCCCCCCUCGGACUGUCUUACAGCAAGCCCCUCGGCCACCACACCAGGACUUGGGAGUCACGUGGCGGCGUAAUCUCGUGUCCUGUAAGUCACGCUCUAAAAUUCCAUUUCCAGGUUGAGAAAGUGUCAGGGCAGAAGGUCUCCGAGCAGCUGGCACUAAACCUGUCUCCUGCCAGAAAAAACACCGCAUCCAGCGCUCCCUGGGCUCCAGGGCGGGACCUGAAAUAAACGAUCUUUCAAAAGCCA